AUGUGUAAUUUAGCGGAAUAAACAAAAGUUGGAUAGUUUAAAGGUGUUAGUUUUAGAAUCAAUAUCCAUUCUCAAAAAUAGUUUUAGUCAAUUAGAAUGUAAUUGUUUAAAAAGAAAUGUAAAGGUGAGAAUUAGAGUAAAGAAAUUCAGCGUCAGAAUGUAAAUACAUUAUUUUGAACAAAUGAGCAAGUCAAUGUACAUUGUGUGGCUAAAUUAACAUUAAAGUAUAACAUAAUAAUUGAUUUAAUAGAGAAAAUAGAUAAUAUAUUAUUCAAUUAACAAAUAUUAUAGCCAUAAUGA